UUUAUCCUAGAUUCUUUUUUCCUUUUUUUUCUUUUUCUUUUUUGAAAAGACAAAAUAAAAAAGAGAAAGAUAAAACUAGUUGAUAGUGUCUCUGUUUAGUAGUUUAUUAGUAGUGUUACGACGUGCUUCUUCAGACGUACAUAUAUAUAUAUAUAUAUACUCGUAUAACACGAGAAAGGUACAGAAUAAAAACGGUAGAGUGAGAAAGAGCUAGAGGGAGGAAAGGAGUAGAAGAGAGAGAAAGAGAGAAAGAAAGAAAGAGAAAAACAAGGAAAGAGAAAGAAAAGAGAAAAAAGAGAGAGAGAAAGAAGAAAGAGAGGACGAUAAUGCGGACUUGGUGUUUCCGCCUAGUUCGACACGACGUCGACAAAGACAACAACGACAACAAUCCAGACGAAUUUCGACGAAUUUAUUCGUAAGAGAGAGCAAGGGAUUUCCUUUUAUAUUCGGUAGUGAUCGAUUGAGAAGAAGAUGAUGUCGUGUUUGUUAUUCAAAAUAUGUUUAGGUCUAACUUUAAUAGUUUUUGUUGGUGGAACAACGUCAUCCAACCUAUCAGAAAAACUUAUUAGACUAUCAAAUAAAAAUGAUGAUUCGGAAUCAUCGUCAUGGAUUGUAGCUAAUCCUGUUCAAGCAAAUCAAGAAGAAGAAGAAGAAAAUAAAGGUGAUUUGAAGAAAGUCAAAGAUUUCAUAUCUGAUUUUGAAAAUGAAAACUAUAAAUCAAAAGAAUCAAAAAAAGAAGAAAAAGAAGAAGAAGAAAAAGUACAAACAACAAUUCCUACAGUGAUAAACAAUGAAACAAACGGAGACAUAAGAGAAGAGUUAGAAAAUGUUAGUAGUAUUGCUACAACUACGAUAGAAUCAACUUCUUCAUCUCCAUUUUUGGACAAUGAAUUAGAAUCGUUCGAUCGUAUGGAAAAACAAAUCUUAGAUAAAUACAACGAUGAAAAUGAUAAUGUAAACAAUACGAAGAAUGUAUCUUUGCAUUCGAAUGAAACUAAAUCAACAACGAAUGUACCAGAAUCAACAUUACCUGUAUCAUCGUCAUUGUCCUUGCUUAAUGUAAUUACUGAUAAGAAACAACUGGAACUAACUGAACCUAAUUUAACUAUUGCUACGACAAUGAGAGAUGCAUCGAUUUACGAGAACACAAUUGGUCGAAAGGAUUCUGAAAAGAAGAUAAUCGUAACCGAGCCUUCUGUUGUUCUAGAGAAUAGUAUUCAACAAUCAGGAGUAUUUGGAAAUAGUUAUAAAACUAGUAACAAUAGUUCAAUGAUCGAAUCAACUAGCUCUGUAUCUUUGUCAAGUAGUAGUACAUCAACCGAAUCUUCAUCUACUGGAACUUCCACAAUUGGAACUCUGACAACAGGAACAUCCUUUCCAUAUAUCCAAUCGGAGAGCAAUGAUCCUAGCGAUUUAACAGGAAAUAAAAUAACAGAAAGUGUUAUCUCAAAUACAGUUGUAUUAAUGACCACUGUUGUUACCAGUGAUUCCUCAGUUUUAGAAAUGAGGACUACCGAAGAGAAUAAUCCAACUACCAAAGAAACUCUUACCGAUGAUAAUAGUUCGACAAUUGGUACUGGUGAUACCGAUUUUUCAACGGAAACUACGUUAGAAUCAUCUGAUCAAUCUUCCGUUAACCCAACAACUAGUUCCUCAUCUUAUUCCACUAGUACGGUCGAAUACGAAUUUGUUGGAUUAACGGAAAAUAAUAAUAACACGAUUGCAACGACAACUUUGACAUCAGAAGAGACUUUAUCUGUAGUUAAUGAACAAACGAAUAUUAAUAUCACUAAUAAUAUCUCAGAUUUUACUGAGAGUACAAGAAGUUUGUCCGAAAUUGCAUCAUGGCCUAAAUCUGUCUCGGUUGAACGUACAUUACCUGUUACAUCUUCAUCAAACACGAUUAUCACCAGCAGCAGUAGUAGUACACCUGGUAGUACAGAAAACAACAUGAUGAUCAGUGUUGAAAGUACUACUGAAAGUUACGAUGCAACACCACUCGUCAAUGUUGUUACCCUAGAUCUUCCAAGUAGUACUUUCAUUCCAACCUUUCGUGACAAAUUACCAACCGGUAAGAAAUCUAUUAUUGAUACCAUUCCAACAACUUCUGUCACCAAUCUGGAUACUUUACCACCAGACGAAAUUACUUCUCUGGUUAGGAUAGUACUUGAGGGUACUAAACAAGAUGUUUGUCCACGUCUUGAAGAACUUCGACAAUUUCUUGCUAAUAUUUUAUCCAAUGGUUUGAAUAAAGUCAUCCAGGGAAAACAAGUUCGAUUUCAUAGGAACCCAUGUUCUGAUUCAACAGACAGUUCUUCAACAAUUAAUUCAUCCUCUGAAGAAUCUGUUUUUACCAUAUACGUUUACAUCGUUAAUGAAAAUGGUAGAUUCGAUGCUGCCAUGACUAAGUUGCUACCAAAUUUUUAUAAAACACCUGUCUCGAAUUUUCCAAUAAUUAUACGAAGUUUUGCAUUAGUACAGGAAAGAGAUUCUAGCAACGCAAUAGCUGUUGUUGUGGUUUCUUCAGUAGCAUUCAUCUGCCUACUUCUUCUUACUGGCCUUCUGUUCGUUAUGAGAAAGAGACAAACGAGAUUCAAUUAUGGGGAACGAUGUCGACCUGUAUCUUUGGAUGCCUAUAGUUUGGAUAGUGUAUCUGCUUAUAAUAGUGUUAGGCGAAAAGGUGUUGCUAGAUCAUCGAAAAGAAGUUAUGGUAAUCCUGCUUUUGAAGAUUCAAGUGCAGUUCCAUCUCAUCCAUUAAAUUUUACUGGGCUUACUUCUUUCUCAAACGACGUCGAUGCCAUAAAUGAAGAAUUUUUAGGUAUACCACAAGUUUCUUCUAAGAUGGAUGAGCUUCCUUUGGGCGCUGAAGUGAAGAACAGAUACGCGAAUGUUAUUCCACUUCCAGAAAGUAGAGUACCAUUGAAAAAACUCAACGAUGAUCCUCUUUCAGAAUAUAUUAACGCCAGUUACGUUCGAGGUCCCAAAAAUGCAAUCAAAUAUUACAUUGCGUGUCAAGCACCUUUGGACACAACAGUUACCGAUUUUUGGCGUAUGAUUUGGGAACAACAAUCCAAAGUGAUCAUUAUGCUGACUGAUUUUGUAGAAAAUGGAGUUGAAAAGUGUACCGAAUAUAUACCACCUUCUGAAGUGACUGAUUGUCACAGAUUGUAUGGUGAUUUUCAAGUGACAUUAAAGAAGCGAGAAACCAAAGAGAAAUAUGCAAUAUCCACGUUACACUUGAAAAAUUUAGAGAAUAAUACGUUCAGAGAAGUAUACCAUAUUUGGUACUUAUGGCCAGCUAGUGGCGUUCAAACGGAUGGUGCCGGACUUAUCGCUGUACUUCUCGAAGCCAGGGCUCUUCAAAGAGGUGGUCCAGGACCUAUAGUGGUCCAUUGUAGUCCUGGUACAGGUCGUACAGGAACACUGAUAGCAUUGGAUCUAGGAAUUAGACAGUAUGAAAUUACGCGAACGGUAGACGUACCAAGAGUGGUUUAUACGAUAAGAAGAGAUAGAGCUGGAGCUGUGCAAACUAAAGAACAGUAUACUUUUAUAUACAAGGCAUUAAAUUUAUAUGCAACCAAACUUGCUGGAGGUAUGUUGGAAUCGACCUAAAACCGAUAUCAAUGAAUUGUUUUCGGUCUAAUCUGUAAAAAAUUGGGCGAGUGCUACAAACAAACAAAAAAUGUUUAAGACUAAUUUCAUAAUAAUCUUUAUCGUUGUUUUUUUUUCUUUUUGUUAUAA